GCCGCGACCUUGCGGGCUUCAAUUUCCAUCUCAAUCUAUUGCCUGGCCGACGCGAACAAUGCCGCUCAAAGCACCCGCGCCUGCGCAAUCGGCAGCCAGACGCGCAAUUGAAAAUGCAUUCAAGGAUUUGGAGCGCACCAUUUCCCCAGCCGAUUCCCGCGAUUUUAGCUCAACAACACUCGACGAUGUCAGAAAGGCGGCCAUCGACGUUGAGCGCCAGCUCGCAGCUCGGCAGUCCCUGCGCAACAUGCGACGGCUGGAGCCUCUUUUCCAGGGUCUGGAACACUACGCCAAGGUCAUCGACGUCCUAUGCAACGGAACCGACUACAUGUCGUGGAUUUGGGCUCCAAUUAAGCUCAUCAUGAAGAUCUCGAGCGACUACGUUGAAGCGUUCGAGCGAAUCAUCAAGGCUUAUUCGCAGAUUGCCGCUUCGCUUGGGAGGUUUCGGCUUCUGGAGCAGUCCUUCAAGGGCAAGCCGCAGCUCUAUCCCACCUUUGCCAUCUUCUAUGCCGACAUUCUCCGUUUCCACAAAGCGGCGUACAAAUUCGUCACACGUCGCUGUUGGAAAAUCAUCUUUGUGACAGCGUGGGGUCGGUUCCAACGCGAAUUUGAGAAUAUUCUUGAAGAUCUCAAAAACCACGAGGAUCUCAUCGACAAAGAGGUCAACGCCCAUAACAUUGUCGAGGCUAGAGAGAUGAGGGCUCACCUGGAGGCGUGGAGAAUCGAGAGCUCUGAGAGGCUUGCCAGAGAAGAAAAAGAACGAACAGCGAGGCAGCUCCAGGAUCUUACCAGCUGGCUGCGGCUGGACAACUCGGACCAAAUCGUUCUUCUCGACUCCAUCACAAAAGUGGGCACCGACUAUCCAGGCACCGUAGACUGGAUAGUCAAGAAACCACAAGUGGUUGCCUGGUUACGGUCAACGUCUGAAGUUCCAUUCCUGUGGCUCCAGGGGGGUCCCGGAACAGGCAAAAGUGUCAUAAUUGGGCGACUUUUGGCCUUCCUCAAGGCUUCAAACUCUUCUGUGGUUCUCAGUCACGCCUGUUCCUACUCGUAUAACUCUUCGACCAUGUAUGACCAGAUCAUCAAAUCCCUGCUUCUUCAAUGCACACGGGUUGAUGGUGACCUGGUGGCGCAUAUUUGGGAAGAGUACGUUGGAGGCAAGCAGCCUAAUCUCUCGCUUCUCGAAAAGCUUCUUGAAACUGCCAUCGAGAUCAUUUCCGGCAACAAGCAGGGCAAUAACACUGUCCACAUAAUCCUUGACGGGUUGGAUGAAUGCCCCAACGACAAACAACGUCGUCUUAUCCGACUGAUGGAGAGGCUCGCGUCGGUUGGAAACACGUGCAAGGUGCUCGUCUCCAGCAGGGACUCAACGGCUCUCCAGGGAAGACUAAAAAUGAAACACAUUCUUUCUCUGUGCGAAGAGAAGGCGAGCCUGACAGAAGCUAUUGCGAGAUUUUCCGAACUUCGGCUCGGAAUCAUGGGCGACAAAUUGAUGCAACUUAGAAUUACAGAGGAGACCAAGAUGAAACUUGCCAAACGGAUAGGAGACAAGUCAGACGGAAUGUUCCUCUGGGCAUGCCUAGUCUUGAACUACUUGUCAGCAAACUUCUUUUACAGCGGCGACGAAUUCGUAGAGGCGGUGGACAGCUUGCCCCCAGAGCUUUCGCAGUUUUAUGAGAAGAUACUAUCACGUGUUUUAUCCGACCUUGACUCUCGCUCAGCUGCCCGACUCAAGACGAUUUUUGGCUGGAUAGCAUUCUCCAGGCGUCCACUUCGGAAGUCGGAGCUGCAGUCUGCUCUCUUAUUCCACGAGGAUGGGCCAACGGGAUCUCAUCCGGUGCCAGCAUAUGUACUUGAGGCGUGCAAGCCCCUCGUAGAAGAGAGGCGAAAUUCCACCCUCGUCUUUAUCCACGUUUCGGUUAAAGACUUCCUUUUGAGCGACGCCUGCAAAAGCUCUGUUCGCAUGGAUGACUUCGCGGUGCGGUGGGAAAACGGUAUCGCUUCAUUGAGAUGUCUCCGUGCCGCGCUUGGCGUCUUCAACCCCCGCUCUAGCAAGUACAACCGAGAGAUUCAACUCGUACGUGGAGUCUGGGGCUUUGUUGCUUAUGCGUCCGAAUUCUGGGACCUUCAACUAGUAGAAAUGGUCACUAUUCCAGUAGCGAAUUGGGAUGCUCGAUUCGGUGUAGUGGCUGCAGAUUUAUCGGCUGCAUUAGCCACACCGCGACCGGGCCACGUCGAUAUGCCCCAAGGCCAAGUCAUCGAGGAAAUUGAGCCAAUCCGGUGCUAUCCUAGUCUUUGGUACGACGCCACGAUGAGCUUGCAAGAUCGCUCCGAGGGACUCGCGCGCCCACAAGGUGUCCAAACCGGAGAUGAUAUGAAGGAGCCCACCCACAUUCGCCACAUUUCUGAGAACUACGAGACAGCCGUACAACACCUGAUCAACCUUGAAGACCACUACGAGGCCACUGGAUCCGAGCUGGCGCUGUUCCGCGAGAACUUCGCUGGACACGCCUAUCCCUGCCGCUUUGCUUCGUGUGCCCACCCUGCUACAGGGUUCAAGACCAGCGAGGAGCGCAACGCACAUGAAUCUUCACACGCGCCCAAAUUUCCUUGCACCGAGCCAAGCUGCCAGUACCCCCCGUUCACCUCUAGCAGAGCUCUAAAGAAGCAUAUAUCAGACUGCCACGACAAACAACGUGUCAAGUUGAUUGUCAGGAAGACAAUUUUGUCUGGAAACCGCGUGAUUGAAAGCCAUGCCGAAGUUAAAGCGAUAGGACUCGGAGAGCCUGGCUACAGACCAAACCUCUCUCGGCGAAUAGUAAACACGAGGGGUAGUGUUAUGGAAACCGCGAAGCGGAAAGUCGGUUCAAUAAGCCUCCUACAGCAGUUUCUCGCUGCACAAGACGUUAUGCUACGCGCAAAUGGAAACAACAGCGCUAAUACCGUUGAAUUGGCUGGGGAUGGUGGUCUUGCAGUAUCUGAGAGUAAGAGUGGGAGUCUAGUCACGUCCAACGAUGUUGGCGACCACCACGAUACUCGCGACCACGAUACUCGCGACCAAAGCUGGGCCGAUAUGUUUCUUGCUGGACCUGUUCAAGUUAAAUACAACAGCGCUGCUGAGCUGGACCACCUUCUUGAAGAAUUAAACAGAAACUUCUAGGCGCUACAGAUUCCAGUACUGCUUCACCCUCACUGACUCCAAUUACAGACCCCAAAUCAAUACGGGAUUAUCUGCUGGGGGAUUUGACGGAGGGUGAGCGAGCUAUUGAUGUGUCGAGGAUAUACACUCGAAAUAUGGCUCUCGAUCUACUGAACCGUGGUACAA